AUGCCCGUUUACCUCCCGGGGGCUACUGAUAGCACUGUUCCUUCACGCGAGGCUGGUCGCGAGAUCCCUAUCCGUGUUUACAAGCCCGAUAAUGGCGAGCCCAGCAAAGGCGUCUUCCUGCAUUUCCAUGGUGGCGGCUUUGUGCUGGCAACACACAAGGAUUCCGAUAGCAGCCUCCGAGCAUACUCCAACGAGUGCCAGCUAACGGCCAUUUCAGUCGGAUACCGCUUGGCCCCCGAGCAUCCCUACCCGGCACCGGUACAAGAUGCCAUCGAUGCCGCCGAGUACAUGGUGGACCAUGCGGUGGAGGUGUAUGGCGGCCCCCUCCAAUUUAUCGGUGGAGAAUCAGCCGGAGGCUGUCUCGCCACUCUAUCAGCCUUACAUUUAUUACGAUCACGGCCGUCUUUCAAAUUGACGGGUCUCGUUCUGCCUUACGGCUUAUUUGAUCUAGGUCUUGGGCUUCCGACGAUCGCAACUUCGACUAAGCCUCUCAUGAUCAAUUUGGCAAUCAUGGAGCGGUUCAAUAGCGCGUAUGUGCCGGGCAUGAGCACUGCCGAGCGCAAACAUCCUUGUGUGUCCCCACUAUACGAGGACCUCCCCGCACUGGUUGCUGCCUCCUCCGUGGGAUCGUUGCCCCCCCGCUCUCUUCCUUUGUGGGACGGAGGAUCCAUUGCUUGA